AUCCGCAGUGCUCGUGUUGCAGGCGCGGCUGGAAGGAGGGGACGGGUCGAAAUAGGGACUUGGCAGUUGCACGCGGCGCGGUUACGCCUCCCUUUUCCCCGCCCCCUCCAGUCCCUUCAGAUAUAGACUUGCUUCUCUCCGCUCCGCAGUGUGGUAGUUGCUGUUGCUGCUGUUUUUCUGCCCGGCCUGGAAUUUUCUUUCGGCUUUUUUUAAAAAAAUUAAAAAUCAAUCCGGUUUGGUUUUCUCGGCGAGUCCGGCCCGUUUUAAUUUUCUCCUCCAGCCUCAGCGUUUCUUCUGUUCUCACCAUGCGCGCGGCGGGGUCGGCGGCUGCGGUGACGGGCGCCGGGCCCUCGGGCGCUGCUGCGAGCUCGGAGAAGCAGCCGCCCAGCAGCGGCAGGGACGGGCGCUUCAGCGUCCUCGGCUGGGAGCAGGUGAAGCGGCUGGACCACAUCCUCGAGGAGGCCGUCCCCAUCCACGGCCGCGGCAACUUCCCCACCUUAUCGGUGCGGCCGCGCAGGAUCGUGCAGGUGAGUGGCAGGACCCGGUGAACCGGGGUGGCCGCGUACUUAAUUCCCCCCCCCAAAAGAGGCAUUAUUAAGAAUCGGCACGUUUACACGGGAGUAAUCCCCGUUGCCUUCAGUGGACCUGCUUCUAAGCUUCUGACUCUUUCAGGAGUGAAAACUCUGGAAACAGUCUUAAAGGCACAUCUUUGGGCUCUUCUUAUUUAUUAGGCUAUUUAACCUUGCCCCGUCUGCCAACAACAGCCGUAAGUUCCUAACAGCAAAGAGAAUGCACUGCAAUUUAACAAUAAAACAUGUCUUUUAAAAGAGCAGCGGUAAAGCAUCGAUUACUUUGCAGCAGGACAUGCCCAAGAUUGCACCUAUUCGCCAGGCUUCUUAUUGCAUGUGAUAAAAGUCCACGAGUUUCCCUCCUGACAAAGAACUCAAAGACAAAUCUUGUCGCCUGAUCUUAGUCAUGUUUACUUGAAUAUAAAACUUGUUGAGUUCAGCGGGUCAUACUCCCCAGGAAGUCUCCCUAGGGAUGCAGCCUUAAUAAGCAACAUAGCUGUCAACUGUCAUUAGGUCAGUGCAGCCUUCUCUAUUAUACAGUGUUCACUUAUUUGACUCAUUCUGAACUAGAAUAUCUGGUAUAAAGCCUGUAUGUGAGAGGCUGCAUACAUACCAUACAUUUAAAGCACAUUCUCUCCCCACCCUGAAUCCUGGGAACUGUAGUUUAUCUCUAACAGAGCUACAAUUCCAAGUACCCUUAACAAACUACAGUUCCUUGGAUUCUUUGGGAGGGUGCUUAAAAUGUACAGUGUGAACUCAGCCUGUCAAUUAGGAGAGGAACUAGAAGAGCCUAUCUUGGAUAACAUUAUUUAUAUACUAAAGGGCUCUUCUAUGUAGCCAUCAUUCUUGAUUGGAAUGAAUAGGUGUUUGUAUAGCAUAAUUUUGUAGCCCGUUUAGCUAUUGUGGCUCCUGCUGGAAAAGCCACGGAAGCAUAUUGGCUGUGAGUACUUAGCCUUAUACAGUAUAUUCUGAGAAUGUAAAGCUUUUUGAGUAAUUGUGCUAAUCCUUCUCAUAAUCCCCCGUUAAACUAAAUGAGCAUUAACUCCAUACUGUGGAGAGUAGGCCAGGCUUAUAUCGAAGCCAAAAUUUGGGUGCCUUAAUUGACAGCUCAGGCCUUGGCUAGCUGUAGGUUUGACAAAAACCUAUUUGGCAGAGAAUAGUUCAGAGUAUUGUAUAUGUGCAGUUAGUAAUUGCAACAACCUUGAUAUUGAUGCCCCCAAUUACAGGUGGGAGCCAAGAAUGGUAGAUUGCUGCAAUGUUGCACCAGAUCUGUAGUUCCUUUAAUGGGAGUUCUUAAGUUCUUAACUGAGUUGAGACUAAUAGUCUAAGUGAAAUCUUAGAAAUGAGGAAUGUUAGCUGUGAUUGGUAGGAUACUAAAAAGUGCCCUGAUGUAGUGGGUGGUGGUAUUAAGAAAUUUAUACACUACCCUCUAUCAAAAGGCCACAGGAUCGUUUACUACAUGAUAACAUAAACGUAAUACAAAGACAAGUGUAGGCAGUCUGUGUUUUAGGGUACCCUUCCCUUUGAUCCUGUGGAUUAGGAAUAGGCUCUGUCCCUGAAGCAGAAGGGAAUGGAAGACUUUUAAAAAACAACUCCCAUGGGGUAACCAUAUCCGUCUGUUGCACCAAAAACAAGAGUGACACCUUAAGAUUUGUUAGUCCACAGAAGUUUAUAGAAUAUCCAAACUAGCUCUAAUCCACGAAAUUUUUUGUCAUAGUAAUCCAAGUCUUUAGGGUGCCAUCGUUGUGGAGUAGGUGUUGCUGCCUGGGGAUGACAUUUGAGUUAUCAGCUGUGAGGCAACACUCAUUUUAACACAGGAUUGUAUGCUGACAACUGGUCAUUGGCCUGUACUAGAGAAGAUGGGUUGGUUCGCAGGUGGGAAUUCUUGGAUCACAGGGGCAGUAGGGCUGCAGCCCGUUAACAAAAGUGGCUAGAGAGACAAGAAGGGCAAAUACAUCUUCUGGCUGUGAAUCGGUUGUAAGGAGGGGAAAGAAUGAAUGAGGGGGGGGCUGCCUGAAAUGAAGGUACUUUCUAUGCACAAUUUAUGUUGAGCUAUUUGUGGGACCUAGAGGAAGAGAGGUGGGGAGUGCCACACAGUGCCACCCCCAGAUCCUAAUAGAAAGAAGUUGGCAAAAUCCUUCCAUAUUGGAGCAGCUCUUGAGACCUUCCAUAGUCUUGCUAUGGAAGACUAUAGAAGUCUACUACGGAAGACUAUACCUUCCAUAGUAGAAACCCACAAUUGUAUACUAGGUUCAGGUGCCCUAUUUUGAAGGCAACCCUGUCCCAAGAAGAGCAGUAAUUAGGUUAAAUAGGGUUGGGAGUAUAGGAAGGCGUCGGUCAUGGGUGUGUGACUGCAGUGGGUUGUUGGAGAGGCAACCUCAGGCUGGUGAGCAAGAGAGUCGAUAGGCUGAGCACAGAGAGCUGGAAGUUGGGCAGAAAUAACCCCCUGCUCCUUUUCCCAAUCCCUUCCAUGUGUUUCCCUAGCACCAUAUUUCUGGCAAUGGUCGAUCCCUAGACUUGAUUGGCGGGGGUGAGGGAAACUUGCUCAAGCGAAGCACGCUUAAGUCCAUCCAGAUAAUUUUGCAGAAAAAGAAACGAUUCCUUGAGCAGAGUUGGUUACAGCAAAAUCCCAUUCCAUUAGAACAUUCUGCUGUGGUCCGGGGCCACCUUCACACCAUACAUUUAAAGCACUGUGACACCACUUUGAACAGUCAUGGCUUCCUCUGAAUAAUUCUGGGACCUGUAGUUAAGAGUGCUGAGUUGUUAGGCAGCCUCACAGAGCAGUUCUCAGAGUGGUUGAACAAACAAUCCCCCUUCGCAGGGACCUCUUGGACCUCUUCAAAGAUAUGUUAGAUAAAGAUGUGGAAGGAAUGGACAGGUUCUUCCCCUUCCCAUAGGAACAUAUAGGAAGUUGCCUUAUACUGAGUUAGGCCACUGGUCCAUCUGGCUCCAUACUGUUUGCACUGACUGGCAGCAGCUCUCCAGGAUUCCAGACAGGGUUCUCUCCCAGCCCUACCUGAAGAUGCCAGUGAUCAAACCUGGAACUUUCUGUAGGUAAAGAAGGUGUUCUGUCACUCAGCUAUGGGCCUUCCCAAAGGGUCUGAGGUUGUUUUGUUAAGGGAGUAUUCUUUCUGCUGGUAAACAGCUGGCAAUACUGCAAAAAGUGAGGGUUAGUGAAAGAACAGUACAUUUGUCUAGGAAAGGGGGGGGGUCACUGCUUCAGAGCUGAAGUUGGUAUGUACAACGCCUGAUCUUUCCAUUAUUUGCAAAUUGAUGUCUACUGCUGUUGCCAACUGGCAAUUGAAACAGAACUAGCGUGUCUGAGGUCAAUUCUAAAUUGUAUUAAAUUUGGUAUUGUGUUAAACGGAGGUGUUGUAUAUGACUCCCCGGGGUUCCUUUGGGAGAAAGGGUGUGUUUAGAAUCCUCGAAACAGCGUUGCCUUGACAGACUGUUUGGUAAGGAUGCUUGGCAGAAUGGGUUUAAAAAUCAGGCAUCCAUAUACAAAGUGUAAAACCACAAGAUUUAUAAGGAAACAGAACCGAAAGGCCACAAUUGGCAGAGAUGCCUCUUAUGCCAAGCUGUGUUUGAACAGCUCUUACUCAAUAUCCUUUGGGGAGGGAAGAAACCAAGAUGCGCAAGGCACUUAGUAUCUGCCAAGGGUGGCUCCCUUUACUGGAGGAGGCUUUCAUUUAGCUUUCUCAUAAAGCACGGGAGGCUUAUAGAAGCAAUAGGAAUUGUUGCCCCUGUGUAUGGUUCGCUUGUGUAGCGUGGCAUCAGCCUUUCAAAGGUUAGUGGCUGCCUUCCUCAGUGAAACGAGGGCCCCUUUCACACUAGGGCUUUAGCACACUUGAUGCAUUACUUCCUCACAACUGGCUGGAAAUGAGUCUUCCAAUGUGGUUCCAUGCGGCAUUGAAUGGUGUGCUAGAUUCCCCAUUACAGUUCUCCAGAAUGUCCCUCCCCACCAUAGCAAAAGCACACAGUGCAUUGUUGGAACGUAGCCUGAGAGCGGUUAAGAAACAGAAUAAAUAAAAUUGCCGUGCAAGUCGGCUUAUAUUUUAGCGUAUUAGUGCAGAAAUGGAGGUAAGUGCCAGCUUUUGAAGCUAAUGGAGAAUGGACUUGUACUCCUGCUAUGAUGAGUACAAGCAGCUAGUGCAGGUUGAAAUCCUACCAAGCAACUGCUUCCCAGCAAAGAGACUUGUAGCAUCUUUGAAAACAGACUCACGGGAGCACAGUGGGGAAAGGCCAGCCAUGUAGGAAGGUGGGUCUUCCCCAGGUGACUCGGUAGUACUUUGCAAAUCCACAUGUGUUGGCUGGUGGUGCAAAUCAGAAAUCUCAAGCCCUGUAUAAGACAGAAGAAGAGGAAAAACUUUAGAAUGUGACAGUUUGGCAAAAUGAUUAUCUGGGUUCUUUGGGAAACGAGAGUGCAUGUCAUUUUACCAGAACAGUUGUGUGUGUGUGUGUGUGUGUGUGUGUGUGUGUGUGUAAGCAAGCAAGCAAUCGCCCAAGGUCACUCAGCAUUAGAUGUCACCAUUGACUAGUCUGACUAAAGCAGUUCAUGUCAAAUGUUGGACCCUGCUCUGAUGAGCUUGCAUGCUGGCUGGCCCUUCAUUUGGCACCCCUCUGUCAGCUUAUAUGGAGCUUGGAAUCUGCUAGCAGAAAAUAAAUCUGCUGAGGUAGUGAUAUCUGGUCUCUUGGGCUUGGCUCUGUGCCAUCAGGGCUUGGGAGUCUCUAGCUGUAGCGGGAAUGGAAAAAUCUGUGCAGGUUUCCUAGUUCCUAUGGUUGGGAGAUGUAGUGGGGCAUCGGACUGCAGGAGUUGGGGCCGUUAAAAUAUUUUCAACUUCUUCCAAUGGGUGUGAAGAACAUUUUACUUUUGAUGGUAAAUAUUGCAGUUGACCAUUAUCCAAUAGGUCUGCAUUUUAAGUAAACUGGACAGAAAUGGGUUCUUGGGGUUAAUAAAAUAGUAAAUAAGUUUAAGUAAUGGCAGGCAGCACAGAUGUGUGUACAAAGACAGGCUCUAUAGAGCAACCUUUCUCAAUCUUGGAUCCUUAGAUGUUGGACUGCAGCUCCCAUCAUUCUUAGCCAGCAUGGUCAGUGGUCAUGGAUGAUGGGAGUUGUAGUUCAAGAACAUCUGGGGAACCCAAGGCUGAGAAAGGUUACUGCAGAGCAGUGACGGCCAAACUUGGCCCUCCAGCUGUUUUGGGACUACAACUCCCAUCAUCCCUAGCUAACAGGACCCAGUGGUCAGGGGUGAUGGGAACUGUAGUCCCAAAACAGCUGGAGGGCCAAGUUUGGCCACCACAGCUGUAGAGCAUUUCCAUGUGCUUCAUCCAAGAAGUGUAGGUUUACACACAAGUGUAUUGCACAGCCCUUGUGAGGUAGACUGAGAUGAGAUAAUGGUGACUUGCCCAGUGCCACUUUGCUGAGCACCAUGGGUUCAAAUCUCUAUUUGUUCUACCUGACCAGCUCAACCGAGAAUUGCUGUAAAACUGACCUACAAGACAAAACCUGAUGAUAGGCUAUCACAUAUGGGGGAGGUGGUAAUGAUGACAAUGCUCGUGCCAGAUGGACAGAUUUUUUUUGCUAUUUUAUUGACAAUAGAUGGUUAUUAAUGGUCUUUAGUCUUGGAUAUUAUCUUGAUGGCAAAGGUUUAAUAACAUGUUCUAGAUUCGUAGAUACAAACCUGACUUAUAGCAAUUUAGCAUCAGCUGAUAUCGCUGGGUUUUUUUUAUCUCCAGCACACUUUGACUUGCUUCUGUGCCUUCUGGGUUAAUGACAGAUUAACCCUACAGAUUUAACAGGCACAAAGCAACUUGUUGUGCCCAGCUUUACCUACUAGCUUGGACUUCCUGGAAAGGUAAAACUACAACUCCAUGUCUAAAUAUCAAGGUGGAUUUUAACAUUCUAACUGGAACACAGUGCCCUUAAAGUAGACAUCUAAGUACCACACAGUAGCCUGAGCUAUAGCUGAAACGGGGACAACCUGAGACAGGUAACUAUGCAGUCGCCAUUUAGCUGAACCUUACACUCACUUCCAAAGCAUGACUGUUUACAAUUUUGGCACUUGGCUGCCAAACACUUCCAAUCUGCAGAAAGUGAAUCUUAGCACAUUGUAACACUUCUGGGUGGAAAUUGGACUUCGUUUGUACUCAGCAGUUUAACAGGCAGGUCUGAUAUGGAAGUACAUUUCCUUUCUCUCCCUUAUGGAGGGCAGUUUCUGCAUGUCAAAGCAGAAGUCAGUUGCAUGCACAGGGCUGGAGCUGCCGGAGAACUCAGCGCCCUGGUUAGUAUGUACCGAAAGUGAAUCAAACGGAUAUGUGCAAUUUAACUACAGGCGGUUUAGUUUGCUUUGAUAUUUUAUAAAUUAUUAUCCUCUUUAUCCCAGCCAUCCUUCAAGUAGCCAAAGGUUCUCCCUCCACCCCAAUUUCAUCCAAACUGUUUUGUGAUGUAAGUUAGGCUGAGAGAAACUGACCAGCCCCAAGUCAACCCGGAAACAAUUCCUAAGCUGGGCUUUGAACCCGGAUCUCCCUGAACCACACUGGUUCUUUACAUAUUCAUUUGGCGGGGAGGGGCAUGUGUUGGUGCUAACAUGUACAUGGAAGCAAGGUGGUCUUGGUAUACUUGACUUAAGUGAGCAUCUGUGUAGAAAGUCGGUACACUGAAAUCUCCAACAGUCACAAAACUGUCCAAUGCUUGUUGACUCUUCCAAUGAAGCUAGAUAGCACUGAAGGUUGUUUCCAGUACAGUCCAUUUGCCCUGAAAUAGCCUGCUCUGCUGUGUGUCAUAAUUGCCACAAAUUACUAGGGAUUUGCUUGUCCGUGAAGUAGCAACAGUGUGCUUAGUAGGCAUUAACGUUGCACCAAUAAGCUGCUGCAUAUUCAUUUUGUAUGGGAGGUGGCUUCAUUCCUCUGCAAUGACUCACUAAUGUAAAAUAACUCACAUUGGUUUCUGAUUUUUUUAAAAAAGCAUUGUUAUAAAGCUGGCUGCCUUUCACAACAUCAGUUAUCAGGAGUUGAAGGUCUUUAAGAGGUGCAUGCAUGCACUCAUUAAAUGAAUUAUGUGCAAGUUCAAAUUGCUGUUAAAUUUUGUCAGCAAUGUCAUGAUUUUCCUUAAAAAUAGCUCAGAAAUGCCUUUUCUUUUACUAAAAAAAAGCUAAACAACGUUUCUGUCUGUAUUUUCACUGUUUGAAAUAAAUGGCAACCCUAAGCAGAAUACUGCAUUUCAUUGAGCUUUUGAAUUAUGUACUUCUCAUACCCUAAAACUUAAGGUAAAACUGCACUUGCCUAGGUGGACAAUAAAGUGUAUACGUAGGAAGAGAACAUAUUGUGAAUAGCUUUUAUGUGGACUAGGCCUGAGUUCCCAUGGUGUGGUGCCCAUGGACAUGUACAUGUCUGUGCUGUUUCUAAAUUAGCAACGCCAUUCAACAAGGAAUGGUUGCACAGAGGCAAAGCAGCUGCAGUGUGGCACCUGCAAGGUUUUUCUUUGCGGGAUGGCACAAAUGAUGUGACAGCUAGUGGAGAAGAUUCUGCUGGCAAGGGAUAAAGAAGUGCUAAUCCAGCAUGCUAAAGAUUUGGAAGGCAAGCGCUGGCAUGUAGGAAAUGGGCUUGUUUGAGGAGUUCAACUUUAUUGGGUAUGGGAUAGCAGUUGGGAGAUAGCAGUAAUGCUGAUGAUGGGAUUUUAGCAGACUAGAUGUAGAAGGCUGGCAUGCUAGAACUGGAUGGAGACACCUGGGUUUAGAGCAGUAGUUCUAACUGGCCCCACUCCCUCACUGGAAACGAAAACAGCUUUUUUGAAUAAAGGGAUGGUAUGGCCUCUGGGUAGGCAGUUUGCCUUUCUAAUCCAUUUUGGGUUUGAUGCCUUGAGGGAGCAUCAGGAUUGGUAUGUGAAAUUGUAGCACAGGCAGUAAAUGGUCCUGGCAGCAACUACCCAUGCUCUGUAUCUGCCUGGUUUCCUUAUACAAGCACAGGAAGCAAGAACACAGCACACACUCUCCAGUUCUGUGGAAUGAUGAAACCUACACACAAGCAAAUCCAUUUUCUUUGCAGAAUUCCAAGACGAUACAGGGUAGUAGAGAUUUGCCUCUUUGAAGUAACUUCCUCCUUUGCAGUAGUAACUUCCUACCUUGCUACUACUUUGUAGCAGUCAAAAGGGAGCCAUUUGCCCUGGCUACGAAAUGCUCAGAAAUCCUGGGGCAUGGAACUGGUUGCAAUUGGAUGACAUGCUAAACAUACCAUGUAACUGGUGGACGCAUACCUAUGAAAUCUAAAUAGAAUGCUUGUUAGCAGAAAUAUGCCAGGCUGCAAUGUGAUUCAAAGUAGCUAUCAUUUGAGAGUGGGGAAGAAGACAAGUAGAAGUAGAGCACUGAACCAAAUGCAACAGUUCAGUUUCUAUUGAAUGCAAAUAGAGGCCGGUGAUGGUGGUAUCUGAUUAUGUAUAAUGCACUGCAAUUUACCGUAUUUUUCGCUCUAUAAGACGCACCAGAUCACAAGACGCACCUAGUUUUUGGAGGAGGAAAACAAGGGAAAAAAAUUCUGAAUCUCAGAAGCCAGAACAGCAAGAGGGAUCGCUGCACAGUGAAAGCAGCAAUCCCUCUUGCUGUUCUGGCUUCUGGGAUAGCUGCGCAGCUUGCAUUCGCUCCAUAAGACGCACACACAUUUCUCUUUACUUUUUAGGAGGGAAAAAGUGAGUCUUAUAGAGCAAAAAAUACGGUAAGUUAAUCUAUUGAUUAGCUAGAAAGAAACUUCAAGCCUGAGUUGUUCAAGCUCUUAUUUAGGCAGAUGGGUUGGGGCAAAGCACCCUGUUUUAGGCAGGUCACAGCCAAUUUUGUAACAGCUUUUGCACAUGCUUCCAAUAAGUAUAUAACCUACUUAACCACUCCAUAGAACUUGCAUGGCAUUUACAUAGUUUACAAGGGAUGUUGCCCAGGUCAUUUGGAAGACACGUCACUAAACAACUGCAUCCGUCCAGCACUUCCAUUAUCUAGCAGAAAACGUAGCAUAGCACUUUUCUGUGGCUGCAUUUGCACACUGUGCUAAACCAUUGGUCUACUCUGAAAGUGCAGGUGGUUCUUGCUCCGCUCCUUGAAAAGGCAACAAGCCACAAUUCUGGCAUCCAAACCCAAGAGUCAUGAUUUGUUUUGCUCUAAAGAAGCCACAUUCUGAAGCCAAAGUUUGUUGGCUUUAUCAAUCAUGGAUGGCCUGAGCAACGCAAUAAUCUUAGCCCCGGGACCUUGGUUUGAUGCUCAGGCUAAGGGAAGACUGAAGCUAGAGCCAUCUUUAUGGUUUACUACGAUGUACAAACAGGGCCAACUUGAUCCAACUAGUUUCAUUUAACUCUAGAAAGUGAACUUGUCAAAAGUGGCAGCACUGGGGGGUACCCUUUGGAGUAGACAUACCUCUGUUUGGCUUCAUCCCUUGUUAGAUGUUAAUUAUAGCCUGCAUUGCGGUGUGACAAAUAGAUCCAGAGGAGCCAACACGCCUCAUAGAUUCAACUGUGCCAAAGCACAGGUUUUAAGAAGGGCCUUUUGUUGCCCAUCCAUUUAAACAACCAGAGUGGUUGGGGCAACUCAGUCAGAUGGGUGGGGUAUAAGCAAUAAUAAUGAUGAUGAUGAUGAUAAUAAUAAUAAUAAUAAUAAUAAAUUUUAUUAUAGAUGGCAUGUGUCUGCCCACACAUCUUUUUCUGUUUUAAGAAACAUCACACCCAUGUAGCUUUCAGCAAUGCUACUUUAGCAUUAAAGGGCUGAUGUUUUUAAAGGGAAGCCAGCGCUUUUUAAAAACAAAACAAAAAGAACCCUAGCAGCACACUCAAACAGCUCCCGGCAGUUUUCUGUAAACAGAAAGGCGAAUGACUCUGACCAGAUAAACAUUAGUCAGUCUCAGAUGCAGAGCUUGCCAGUCUUGAGCAAGUAACCUAAAAAGGCAGUCAGUUUUGUGAAUGCUUGAUGUGUGUAGCCUUUAAACCAAAAGAGGUAAGGAACACUGGAUGAAAAGGCAGCUGAAUAAGCUGCUGUGUCUGGCCUACCAAGUGGGUAGGUGGCAACUCUAUAUACGGACCCGUGUUCCCAAAAAGAAGGCAAGCAGCCCUCUUCUGUUAGCUUCUGCCAACAAGCAGCCCAAAUUGUUGCUAGAUAAAUGAGAGUUUGCCUGCCACACAGCUUUCUUUUUUUCAUAAUCCAAACUGAAGUGUGCCUGUUCAUUUUUUUCUUAUUUUUUUGCUAUUUUACAACCGCCGGGGGCGCAUCACAUUUGUCGGGGAUAAAAGUAAUAAAGUUACCAACUUAACAUUAAAAUUCACCAAAUUCCUUCAUAAGCUCCCCUCCUUAUACACAAUUAAGAUAGCUUCUUUCCUAAUAUACCUGAAAGCGAAGUCUUCUCUUCCCUGCUGCAUAUUUGAAGGUUUGACCAAGCUGUACUUGUAGGCUAAAUUCUGCUGCUAGGUUUUUGAAUCCUGUGUUAGUGUUCUAGCUGGGGUUUUUAAAAAAAAUAUAUAUGCAUAAUUUCAACAUAUAAAUGCCUCCAAGAUGAAUUAUAUUUGCCCCCCGCCUUUGUCCGGAUGACGAAGGGUACACUUUGUAUGGUUCAGCUACCCUUUCAAUACUUGCAAAUACCUGGUUGUACUUGGCCUACAUGUUUGGUGCUGGCAUAUUGAAGUUACGGUGACUUACUCUGGAAGAUCCACUAACAGACUGGGGGUGUGGUUUAUUUCCCCUUUGGUAUAUUUCAGGCACGUCCAACAGGUAGAUUGUGAUCUACCGGUAGAUCACUGGAUGUCUGCCCUGCACCCCAAAAAUAUGGGGCUUUCCUCCUCCCUAAGAAAAGCUCAACAACUUUGACCUGAAUCCCCCAAAACAGGGCUUUCCCUUUGACCCCUGGUAUAUUUUAACCUACAUUGAUUCUCACUUAGCUUCACCCUUGCAGCUGCCCCUUGGAUUGGCUUCAUGUUGGCAAGUUAAAUCUCUAAAAUGGGAGUGGAGAACCUUUGGCUCUCCAGAUGUUGCUGAACUACAGCUCCCAUCAUCCCUGACCACUCUUGCUGGCGCUGAUAGGAGUUGUAGUUCAGCAGCCUCUGGAGAGGCCAAAGGUGCUCAAAAAUUACACAGCCUGGAAACCCAAGACUCUGGUUAGGUUCAUAUGGCGGUUCUUUUGCUAUAGAGCCCUGGUAAGAGCAGCUCCAGAAAUGAACAAAAGCACCACCAAUAUUUUUAGGCACCUUGUGCCAGUUAGACGUGUUUGGUGCUGUAGACUCCUCCCUUGGCUCUUAAUCUUGCCAUUUUGCACGCCAGAUGAAAGUUCUAGGAUACUCUUGGCUUAAGAAUAAAGGCUGUAGGAGGAGGCAUGGUUUCCUGCAUUGAACUUGUCCAGGCAGCUGCUGCUUUAGGGUGGGGAUCAGCAACAGAUCUCCAGCUCCCAACAUGGAAUGCCUGAACAGCAGUGCUCAUGUAAGCCCAUUUGUGCUCCAAAGCCUAUUUGAGGUCAAGCGAGAUGCGAUGUCAGCAGAUAGGUGAUCUUCCAGCUUUUUUGUUUUUUUGUUCAGUGGAAUAGUCGCUUGGGUAGGUGUAAACCCUUCCCAUGUCACUCCCUAGUUUGAAAUUGCUCUGCCAAAGCAACUCGCCCCUGGAAACAUACAGGUACCCAUGGCCUGGGUUCCCCUCUGAGUCACAGAGCAGCUUUGUGGAGGUGCUGGCACAUUGGAAAAGGCUGAAUGGCUAGUAGAAGCAGCAUGGUUACCAUCACACCUGUGGCCCCUGCUGCUGCUGAACUACUUUUAAAACCAAAAGAUAAGAUCGCUGAUCUCCUGAUCUAGUUGCAUCCAUGGAAACUAAAGGUUGUAUCCUAAGAAGCAUUGAGCAACUCAUUUAAUCAGUACAUGGAUUUCUCCUUGCACGAUGCCUCCCGCCCCCAAGCGCCCCUUGAAUGUGUUCUAAAACACCCUUUGGAGCAGAUUUGGGGAGUGUGUUGGGCCAUGUGCAGAGGGCUGAGAGGAGGGAAGUUGCAUUGCAUGAGCGGAAAUUUUUGUAUUGAUGGGGUGUGUUGGAUAUUCCCCAAGUCUUGCAUUUAGCCCUUAUGAGUGUGUUAACAUACACAGGUCACCGAUUUAAACACACCAGCUGAUGUUUGCUUAGGCCAUUUAAAGUUUCCUCCCGUACUUACAGCAAUGUGCUUUUCCCCGUGUUGUAGGUGGUCCGUAGCCGUCUGGAGAAGCAGGGAAUUGCAGUCCACAACGUGAGGUUGAAUGGCUCAGCCGCAAGCCACGUGCUCCAUCAGGACAGCGGUCUGGGGUAUAAAGAUCUGGACCUCAUUUUUGGUGUAGACUUGAAGAGUGAGGACGUCUUCCAGCUAGUGAAAGAUGUAGUGAUGGACUGUCUGUUGGACUUCCUCCCGGAAGGGGUAAACAAGGAUAAGAUCACUCCCAUGACGCUAAAGGAGGCCUAUGUGCAGAAGCUAGUGAAAGUGUGCAAUGAAACAGACCGCUGGAGCCUUAUUUCACUUUCAAACAACAGCGGGAAGAACGUGGAGCUCAAAUUUGUAGACACUCUCCGGCGGCAGUUUGAGUUCAGCGUAGAUUCCUUCCAGAUAAUAUUGGACUCACUGUUGCUUUUUGGAGAGUGCUCAGAGAACCCGAUGUCUGCAAACUUCCACCCAACAGUCACCGGGGAGAGCAUGUACGGGGACUUUGAGGAGGCAAUGGACCACCUGAGGAACCGGAUCAUUGCCACCAGGAAUCCGGAGGAGAUCAGAGGUGGUGGGCUUCUGAAGUACUGCAACCUCCUGGUGAGGGGAUUUAAGCCCAAAUCGGAAGUAGACAUGAAGGCGCUACAGCGAUACAUGUGCUCCAGGUUUUUUAUAGACUUUCCUGACAUUGGGGAGCAGCAGCGGAAGCUGGAGUCUUACCUUCAGAGCCACUUUGUGGGGAUGGAGAGCAAGCGGUACGAUUGCCUGAUGACCCUUCACAGGGUGGUGAAUGAGAGUACGGUGUGCCUGAUGGGACACGAGAGGAGGCAGACGCUGAACCUCAUUGCCAUGUUGGCUGUGAGGGUCCUGGCUGAGCAGAACAUAAUCCCGACUGUCACGAAUGUGACCUGCUAUUAUCAGCCAGCCCCUUACGCCAGCGAAGUAAACGUAAACUACUAUGUAACCCACAUGCAGCCUCUGCUGCCUUGCAGUCACUCCUAUCCAACUUGGCUUCCCUGCAACUAACCACUGACAUUGCUCCAGUCCUUGUUCUCUGGGAAGCAGAGGCUGUACAAUUCAGAAGAAAAAUGGGUCUCUUGCUCAAAGUGUCUUCCUCCUACAUAGGAACAAAGUCUAUUGUGGGCAAUUGUGCAGUGUUAUGAGUAGUUACCAGAGAUGUUUACAGUAAGAAAAUGAUUGAGUUUAUGUAUGAGGUGGAUGGAUAGGAUUAGGUUAAGAAAGCAGAGCUGCACUACCUGAGAUGCAAGCUGAUUUUCUUUCUUUCUUUAGUACACGAAGCAUUAAGGGCUGUGCAGACUCUGUUUCUGAAGAUAUGCCAGAGUGGCCGAUUCCUUUUAGGGACCAAAGAAAUCCUAUUCAAGUGCCUGCAACCAAAAAAAAAAGAAAAGAAAAGAAAAAAAGAAAAAAAAGCACUGUACCUUAAUUUUUUUUGUAGGGGGUAGAACUCCCUGUUGGUAGUUCAGUUUGGGAUGUCUGCGAUGAAUAUUGGAGGAGUUUGGAGGUCGCUUGAUCAUUUCUGUUGAGGGAACCGAAGUGGUCUGGGGGCUUGUAAAAGGAGCUUGCUGCCCUGAUGGACCAGCUGUAUUUAUUAUCAGUCAGAGGAGAGCUGUGGGGUGGGGGUGGGGGGGCAAGAGAAUGGGGUUGGAUUCACAGCAGCAGAUGUUUUGACAGAUGAUCAUGAACACUAAAAGAAUGGGAACCUGCCCCCAAAGUAUUACUCUUACUCAAUGUGCCGUGCCAAAAAACCCCUAAGAUGUGACUUUCUGAAGGGAAGGAUCUAGAUUAGUGUUUGCUGUAUCAGUAACAUCAGGGAAAUGAGCAGGUAUGGGAGUUCAGCGUGAUAUUAAAAUGGCUGGUUAACUUUUAUUAGGAGUUUAAAUGAGCUGCACACAGUGCACCAACAUGGGCAGAGAAGUCUGUUCAUUUUAGUAGUUGCAGAGCUGAGGUUCAGUCUUGAUCCAGAUGCCCUGGUCCUCUUAAGGGCAGCAGCUGCCAACAUCAUCCAUAGGCUCUGAAAGCUGCUCUUCUUUCUGGAGGCCUGUGUGCAGCUGCUUGGCUCCAUGUGGAAAAGAUUCCCAAGUUUUGGUACUUUGGUGUUAACAGUGGAAAGGCAGUGGGAGAGAGCUGUUGGUAGCCAAAUUUCUGAACCCAAGAGGCUCUUGGUGUCUUGUUCAAAUGCAGUAGGAAGAGUCAAUACAGAGGCUGCCAGCUGUUGGACCACAACUCCCAUUAGCUCCAGCUAGCAUGGCUUAUCGACUGAGUAGUGAUGGGAGUUGGUCCAGAAACAUCUAGAAAGCACCGUGUUGCCUACACCUGAAAUACACAAGCUUUUGAAGUAGUUACUUGCACAGCACAAUAGUUCUUUUUACUGACUUUUUGGAUUGCCUGCCAGUUCCUUGUGCAAUGUGUCAGUUCAGGUUGUUGUUUUUAUGCUUUUUUAGGAAGCUGAGGCAAAGAUUGCUAGCUUUUUGGGUACACCUGCUUUUUUUGAAAGGGCUACAAGAAGAUGCUUCAUGGUGUAUACUUGAAGGGCGACUGACUUACUAAUCUGUUUCUUUGCAGUAAAGCUGUACCACAUUUGGGCAGGCUGAAAAAAAUUGAAAUAAAAUAUCAUACUUGGAUUGUGUCUAGGUAAAAUUCUGCCUCUUCCUGGGAAACAUGAGCUAGUCUGGCAAGACCAAGCUGGGCUGUUUGUUUUAAAAGUCUGCUGCCAUGUUGUUUGCUUCUGUCUUGUCACGACUCUGACUGGCUGAGAAGGCACAAUUGCUCAUCUUUUAAGAGGUCCAAUACUAUGUAAGUGAAGAGUUCCCCUGAAAAAUAAACGGCUCUCAAAGACAUUUCCUUUAUGCACAGUAAAUCCUUCCAUGCUCCAAGAUGUGUGUGGCUGCAGUGUCUAAUUUUAGGGGCUUCACCAGGUUAUUCCUCUUUCACUUGAGGAAAGGGCUUCUUCUCGAUUAUCUCCUUUUUGAGAGCUUUCAGUACUUCACAUUUAAAAGGGGAGAAGUGGUUUCGCACUAAAGGAGCACAGCUGAUUAGCGGCACUUUUUGGCAGAAUUGUGAACGAGAAGCCUAAGUGGUAGACCUGCCUCGUUUAAGCAAACAAACUUUUCCCCUCCAAUCCAAGGGCUUGCUGGAGAAAUUUAAAGAAAAUUGCACUUUUUGUGGUGUGCGAAUGCGUGGUGAAAUUCUCACAAAUGGCUGCAUCAAACAAAUGCUGUGAUCCUGCUGUUUCUUUGUAUGCAUGGGGGUAUCUGAAAGAUUCGAAGAGUGUAACACUUUGGCACUUCCAGUCUUGCGUUUGAAUGUGUUCUGCAGCUAUCAAACCUGUCAUGCAGUAGGCCUGACGUAACUUGCUAGAUUCUUUAGAAUCUGUCACCAUAAAUAAAUACAAUGUAUUGAACUCUUUUGGGUUAUUCUUCUUACUUGAUUGCACGACGGUGCCAUGACCACUUGCCCCCCUUCUGCCCUUUGAGAGGACUCGUCUGAAACAAGGCGGAAUUGGGCAAAAAGAGGUCGUGAGCAUUCCUGUCCCCUGAUUUGGCUUUCAAAUUGCUACCCCAUCUUCUGCCAAAUAUCUUCCCAGGCACUUCAAAGACAAUGGCUGCACCUCACCAGUUGUAUUACACUGGGACUGAUGGCAGCCACCUUAACGAAGAAGGCAGAGAGUAAUUGCAAGCACUCAGUGCACAUAUAGGCCCCCCUUUUAACUAAAGUUGGUAGAAUGAAUGUUUCUACCUGUGCUCCAUUAACUGCCAGGCAUACUGCUUGUAAUGAAGGCUUGUUUAAGUCUGUUCCUGGAGUUGAGUGACUGGUCAGGGGUGGAAGCAGAGUUUAAAGGAGCUUUUCCCCCAGCCUGGGUCCCCAUGAAGGCUGUCAGACUCCAACUCCCAUCAGCCUCUGCAUCAUCUGCAUCAUCCCAUCCCAUCAGUUCUGCAUCAUCUGGAGGGCAACAAGCUGGAGAAAGCGGACUUAAUUGUGGUGGGAGCAAUUCAUUGAGAAACCUUGAUCCACGAGAUGAAGGCCAAAUGAGUUUGAGGCUAAGUGUUGCAUAAGCAAGCCAUUAAACUCAGCUGGAUUUGGGAACCUUUGGCCCACCUAGUGGUGUUGAACUACAGCUCCCAUCAGCCCCAGCAAGCAUGGCUGAUUGCCUGGGAUUAUGAGAGUUGUAGCUGAGCAAUAUCUGGUUCCCCACACCUGAGCUAGAAAACCCUCAACCUCUGGUGCCUGCUAGGUAUUGUUUUAUCUCCUGACUUCUAUCAGCCCUAGAUAGCAUGGUCAGGAGUAGAUGAGCAUUGUCAAAUACUGUAAGGAACCAGGUUAGGGAAAGCUGAGCUGGAUUACAAGGGAAAUAAUGUUUCUUUGGCUGGAAAUUGCAGUCUAAUAUCAGAAUUAGAGUGGGGUGGAUACAUGGGCUCAGGCAACGUCAAAUUUAGCAACCUUCAUGUACUGCCCUAGUUCUGUCAGCAAUCGAUGUGCAGCUCACUGGGAGAAUUCAAGGCAGAACGAAGACUUCCUUGUGUUAGGGCACAUUACCCUUAUGCAUAGUAUGCCUUCGGUUUCUCCCUACCAAGUUUUUCUCUUUUGCUAUUCCAGUUGCAUGAUCUUUCCUGUCCAUUAUUUUCUGCAGUUGGCAGUUGUCUCUUUUAAUCUGACUAGAGCAGCACAAAACACCUGACCUGGUUGGCUUUUUCCAUUGUUUAGCCUGAUCUGUUUGAACAAAAGGAUGCUGGUAGAAAACACUAGGUUUGAUCAGAAAAGAGGC